AUGAUUACUACUAUCUCGAUCCCCGCUAAGCUUACCGAAACCUCCGCCACCCUGCCUGUGGCCGACGGCACCUUGAACGUUACCUUUACGUCUGAGGAGCUCCAGGACUUCUUCAGCCAUUAUGCUAAGUCCACUUCUAGCCCCGAGGCUAGCGAGCUUUUCCAGGCCAAGAUCAACAAGGCUCUUGAGCUUCGUUCUCUUGCUGGAAACGUUCCCUCCAACCAUUCCGAGGAAGAGGCCAGUGAUGCUGCUGGUUCUUCUGAGGAAACAACUCUCUACGAGAGUCUGGACAAUGUCAAGGUCUCCUCCGACGAGGAGGUGGAUUCUGAAAUUGACAUUGGCCAGGGCAGAUGCGACGUUGCUCAAAACGACGCUGACGCCGCUUUCAUGGACCUCUGUGGGUUCCAUGCUGACCUUGUGGUGACGAAGGCCUUGACCAUCAAGUCUUCCAACUACAGAGUCUCUUCCGUCUCCGAGGCCCUUAUCGAGGACACUGCUCCCCUUUCCUCGUCUUCCCCAAAGAAAAACUACUUUGACGUUCAGUCUUCGGUUUUUUCUUCCAAGGACCUCGUGAACGCUGAGCUCCUCAGUCGCUUCUCCAAGAAGGCUGAGAAGAAGCUCCAGGUGGGUGCCUUGUCGCCCUACCACCACUUCAUGAAGCUUUUCAAGCUUUUUGAAAUUUACAGAGCCUGCCACCAGUACCUUCCCGAGGUGGCCCAGGCUGUGAGACUGUGCUACUCUCCAGUCUUCCCUGUCUCCGUUGUGGAGCUUACUGACGUUGGUCUCAGAUUUGUGCCACCCAGCUUUCCAAAGCCAAAGCCUUUGUUUACUUUUAAACAAAUGGUCGUUCGGGAAAAGAUUGCGUUGGUUCGCUGGAUCAGAACUAACAUCAAGGUUCCCGAAAUGCAGCCCAUCCUUGUCCCCAACAACCAAUUGGUCAAGGCUCUUCCCUACCAUGACCUCCCCAAGCUUCCCCAGCUUCUUGACUACUACCACUCGUACUGGAAGCACCUUCCCCAGGUUUCCAGAGCUGUCGAGGAUUUCCAUGCCUCUGGCUCUCAGACUGUCUGUGAGCUCAAGGACACCAAGCUUGUUUGUCAAGCCCCUGCUUUGCCAGAGUCCAAUAUUGAAUUGUCUGGUUGUAGCGCCACUACGAGCUCCCGCUCUAUCCAGUCGUUUCUCCGCUCGAGAAGCCGGAAGAGGGGUCUGAGCCUGCGCUGUUCGAAGCAGAGAAGACACAGAAGAUGUCACAAGUCUUAG